GUUUGAGCUUCAGCCAUCUCAUUCUCAUUACAGCCCCUGUCUUGGCCAGGCACUGGAAAAGUAGACAUGCUGCACCAUCUAGACUCAGUAAAAAAGACCUGUGAAACUGCAUGUCACCCCAAUAUUGACAACUCCACAGUCUGGACUGCCUCCUUAUCCCCCAUAGCAACCUCAGACACAGUAAAUAAGGGGAAUGUGGAAUAAAACGCUGAGGAACUCUGCAUAGGGUCACAGAUGUGAAAUUUCUGUAUUUCUGAUAUAAUUUACUCCUGAUGUUUAACAACAAAAAGAAGAGAGAGAACUUGAAACCUAAAAUAAUGUCUUUCAUGGUCAAGGGUUGGUUGCAGUCUCUGUAUUGAAAGAUUUUUGAGUGGUAACUCAACCAACAAGCAGCUAGCUAACCAAAAAUUCAGAGCUUCUUGUGGGAGGAGGGGAAGAGGAUUCUCCAGGCCCACUGUGCUCUAUAUCUCUGUCACCUUAUUGUAAGUGAGAAGUGACACACACAAAUGGCAUGUGCAACUAGGCUUAAAAUAGCCCUCCAUCAAACCCACACACAUUCCCUGGGCUCCUUAUAUGUCCUAAUGCACAUGCUGCUUCUCUUUGAGAGGAUUGAUUUACAUGGGGCACUGAUGCCCUGCCCUGCCCCUCUCCCCCAGUAAUUGCCAAAUGCUCUUAAACCGCUUGGGAGAAAUCACAGGAAUUCAGGAUCCCUCGUUCCUUCAUGCAGCCCUGAAGGCCGCAAAUGGUGACCUAACAGAUGCAGUCAACUUCCUCACUGAGGAGUGUGUUAAAGAGCCAGGCCAGGAAGCAGUCGCUGUGGAACCAUCUGACUGUGAAGGGAGUGCUGUGGGCAAAGAGCAACCCACCAACCAGUCCAAACGGCUUCUUAUCCGCUUCCCAUGUCCUAAUCAAGAUGUGAUUGAUCUAACUCCUGAUAACAAAGAUGACCUCCAGGCAGUUAUUGCUCUCAGGUUCCUGGAGUCUCUGGAAGUUCAAGCAGUGGAAAGAGAUGCUAACAGGGCCCACAAAGCAAAUGCUGCUGAAAACAAAAAUCGCUCCAAAAGGAAACGGUGUGAAGUCUGGGGAGAGAAUCCCAAGCAGAAUGACUGGAGGAGAGUGGAUGACUGGCCUGUUGGCAUGAAGAACAUUGGAAAUACGUGCUGGUUUAGUGCAGUCAUUCAGUCUCUCUUCCAGCUGCCGGAAUUUCGUAGGCUGGUCCUUAGUUAUUCUCUCCCGCAAAGCAUGCUUGAGAAUUGUCGAAGUCGCAGUGAAAAGAGAAAUAUUGCAUUCAUGCAGGAACUUCAAUGUCUCUUUGCUUUAAUGCUGGGGACACAUCGUAAAUUUGUAGACCCCACUGCAUCACUGGAACUUUUAAAAGGCGCAUUUAAAUCAGCUGACGAACAGCAGCAAGAUGUGAGCGAAGUCACACACAAGCUUCUGGAUUGGCUAGAGGAUGCAUUCCAGCUGUCUGUGAAUGUAAACAGCCCUCGAGACAAAUCAGAAAACCCAAUGGUGCAACUCUUCUAUGGGACUUUCUUGACUGAAGGGGUCCAUGAGGGCAAGACCUUUUCUAAGAUAGAGACCUUUGGCCAGUAUCCCCUUCAGGUAAACGGUUAUCGGAACUUAAACGAAUGUUUGGAAGGGGCCAUGGUAGAAGGGGAGAUUGAGCCACUACCUUCUGAUCAAUCAGUGAAGUAUGGACAAGAGCGUUGGUUUACAAAGCUCCCUCCGGUGUUGACCUUUGAACUCUCCCGGUUCGAGUUCAAUCAGUCACUAGGGCAGCCAGAGAAGAUUCACAACAAGCUAGAAUUUCCCCAGAUUAUUUAUAUGGACAGGUAUUUGUACAGCAGUAAAGAGAUUAUUCAAAAGAAGAGAGAGGAGACGAGGAAGUUGAGGAAGCAAAUAGCAGUUCUUCAGCAGAAAUUGGAAAGAUACAUGAAAUAUGGCUCUGGCCCAAGCCGCUUCCCAUUACCUGACAUGCUACAGUAUGUUCUUGAAUUUGCCAGUACAAAGCUACCUUUAGUUGUUCCCUCUGCUCAGGACUCUCAGAUGACUCCUGCACAGUCCCCAGCUGAGAGCUGUGGUCUGAAUGAACCUCUGCAGCAAAAUAGUGUAUUAGAAACAGAAAGUACUGAGAACGCUGAAGGUGCAGCAUCCACUCUGAUAAACCCUCCGUCCCAGGAAGAAUUAAUGAGCAAGCUGCCCCAGCCCUCCUGUUUACCAGCAGAAAUCCCUGAAUGCCCAGCUCCUCGUGUGGUCACUGAGGAGGAGAUGAGCCUAGUUAGGACGUGCCUGCAGCGAUGGAGGAGCGAGAUUGAGCAGGACAUCCAAGAUCUGAAGGACUGUAUUACCAGAAUCAACCAAUCCAUUGGUCAAAUGUAUGGUGACCCUGUCCUCCGUCAGGUUCCUUAUCGCUUGCAUGCUGUCCUGGUUCAUGAGGGCCAAGCAAAUGCCGGUCACUACUGGGCCUACAUAUACGACCAGCCCCGGAAGAGCUGGCUCAAAUACAAUGACAUCUCUGUGACAGAAUCAUCCUGGGAAGAACUGGAGAGAGAUUCAUAUGGAGGCCUGAGGAAUGCCAGUGCCUAUUGUCUGAUGUACAUCAAUGAUAAGCUGUCCCACUUUGUUGCAGAUGCUGCUGCUGAUGCAGAAACGGGACAGUUUCAGAAAGAAGUAGAACUUCUGCCACCUGAACUCCAGAAUUACAUACAAGAAGACAACUGGAGGCUUGAACAGGAGGUGGAGGAAUGGGAACAGGAGCAGUCCUGCAAGAUCCCUCAGAUAGAGCCUUCAGCUACUUCUGAAUCUCAGGAUUUCACUUCUGAAUCAGGACAAGACCAAUCCUCAGGCUGUGAACACAGCAUACGCUCGCUGUCCUCCGAACAUGCCAGGAUUGCAAAGGACCAGACUGCCCAGGCCAUUGCAAAUACAGCUGAUGCCUAUGAGAAGAAUGGUGUAGAGGCUGCUCUGUGUGAGCCAAAGGAGGCAGAACCAACGAAGACCCAGCUGAGAGAAACAGCCCUUACAGUUCAGUCAGAACAGCAACAAGAUGCUAAAGGGACAGAGUCUGCUGCCCAGCCUAGCUCACAGGUCUCUGAAGUGGAGAUCCCCAGAGUGGGGAAGAUUCUGGUUAGAUCUGAUGCAGAUGGAUAUAAUGAGGAGGUGAUGCUUAGCCCAGCCAUGCAGGGUGUGAUCCUGGCUAUUGCUAAAGCCCGUCAGACAUUUGACCGGGAUGGGUCUGAAGCAGGGCUUGUUAAGGCAUUCCAUGAAGAGUACUCCAGACUGUAUCUGCUGGCCAAAGAGACCCCAACCCCUCACAAUGACCCCCGGCUGCAACACGUGCUCAUCUACUUCUUGCGGAACAAUGCUCCCAAGCAGGUAGUGGAGCGGACCCUCCUGGAGCAGUUUGCAGAUAGAAACCUCAGCUACGAUGAAAGGUCAAUUAGCAUUAUGCAAGUAGCACGAGCUAAGCUGAAGGAGAUUGGCCCUGAUGAUGUGAAUAUGGAGGAGUAUAAGAAAUGGCAUGAAGACUACAGUUUAUUUCGCAAGGUGUCUGUUUACCUGCUGACAGGGUUGGAACUCUACCAGAAUAGAAAGUACCAGGAAGCACUGACCUACCUGGUGUAUGCCUACCAAAGUAACACCUCCCUGCUCGUGAAAGGACCCAACCGAGGGGUGGAUGAAUCACUGAUUGCUUUAUACAGAAGAAAAUGCCUCUUGAAGCUGAAUGACAUGGCAGCGGCUUUGUUUGUAAGCCGUGCGGAGGCAGAUGUGUUGGAGGGCAUUAACAUCCUGAAUGAGCUGAUCAUCCCCUGUAUGCACCUCAUUAUCAAUAAUGACAUCUCCAAGGACGACCUGGAUGCCAUUGAGGUCAUGAGGAACCGCUGGUGCUCUUAUCUGGGACAAGAAGACAUGGAUGCCAACCUGCAAAUGAAGCUGGGCGAACUGCUCCCCAGGCUCCUGGACUGCUCUGCAGAGGUCGUCAUUCUAAAAGAACCCCCGAAGAUCCGGCCCAACUCCCCCUACGACCUCUGCAGCCGCUUCGCAGCCGUGAUGGAGUCCAUUCAUGGGGCCGCACCUGUGACUGUCAAAUAAACUUCCAGCUUUCCAGCCCUAGAUGCGGUACAUAGGAACCCACCUAUUGGCGUAGUAUCCUGCUGUCAGACAACAUUCGAAUGGGAGAGGGAGGAGAAUAGGUAGAUAAAGACGAUUCAUAUCCAGAUGUAAACCAUGCUCUUGGUGUCGAUACAAAGGAAUGAAAAGCAGUAUUGCACUUAAGAUACAAUUGUCAAUGAGAAUGCGAAGGGCAGGAACCACUGUUGUAAGAUGGCACAAUAUAUGGCUGGCAGUAACAGCUGCUUCUCAUCUCCACAACAACGAAAAAUGCACUGUCUCUCCGUUCCUUGCCCCUUUCUAAAAUGUCCCUCAGGCAAGAUACUUGGGACAGUGACAACAGCCGCACAAGAGAAUGGUUCCUUGACAAAUCUGUGACAUUUAUUAGCUUGGUUCUGGCAAACACAUCCACACCUUUCUAAAUUCUUAGCUGAAAGAGCUUAUAAAUCCAGAUCUUGGCAAAGUACGGCUGGCAGGAGUCUGAGUCGGGAGACUGAGAGACAGCGAGGAUUGAUGGCACACUGUGUAUGCAAGACAGGCAGUCAGUCAUGUGUGCAGAUACAUAUUUUAGUUGAUUGAAGUCAAACAGGAAGUUAAGUUGUCUCUUGUUUUUUUAACAGUCAAACAAAUAUGUCUUGUUUUGAGAUAGACAGAAGCAAAUAGUGACAGUGUACACAGUAUCACUGUGCUAAUAAUCAGUAACUGGUUAAAGAAAACAAAAUCCCCAAAGAGAAUUCCCCUCCCGGAUCUGACAAUAUUUCCUCCUCCACCCAAGGUUAUUGAUGAGAAAAUUGAGCAUUGGACACUAAGGAUAGCGUAAAAGCAGGGCCGGCUUUAGGCCAAUUCAACCAAUUCCCCUGAAUCGGGCCCCACCCCUAAGAGGGCCCCGCGCCCAAGCCCCGGUAUGGCGUACCGGCAAG